CCCGGCUCCGCUGAGCAGUGUCUUGGACUCUGUGCAUCUGCGAGGCGAGCCGCGCGGGAAGGAUGCUGGUCCGCCAAGGCGCGCGCACGGGGUCCGCGAUGCCGCGGGGCUGGACCGCGCUCUGUUUGCUGAGUUUGCUGCCCUCUGGGUUCACAAAUAUGGACAUCUCAACUGCUACAAAGCCACCUACCACAAGAAUAACUUCAGCUACUCCUCCAAAUGCAUUUGACCAGACAACCAUAUCACGAAGUAGUACAAUUACCAGCCCCAACCCUGUUUCUCAGGACAGCAAUGGGACCACAAAAGCCUUCACCUCAGAGCCUACAAUCAAGCUCACGUCUACCUCUAAAAUCACCCUGACCCCUGAAACCAUGAGCUCUUCUGUCCAGUCACAGACCUCUCUAGCCAUCACAGUGGCCACCUCUUCAACCAACUUUCCAACUUCAGAGAAAACCCUGGAGCCCAGCAUGUUACCUGGAAAUGUGUCAGAUCUUCCACCCAACAGCACCAACCCUAUGACAACCAUCACAAAAUCCUAUACAUCGUCUCCUCCUAUCCCAAGCACCAUUAAGGGAGAAAUCAAAUGCUUGAAAAUCAAAGAAGUGAGGUUGACCCAUGGCAUUUGCUUGGAGCAAAAUGAGACCUCCAGCUGUGAGGACUUUAAGAAGGACAAAGGAGAGGACCUGAUCCAAGUACUGUGUGAAAAGGAGCAGACUGAAGCUGAGGCUGGGGCCGGGGUGUGCUCCUUGCUUCUGGCCCAGUCUGAGGUUAGGCCGCACUGCCUGCUGCUGGUCUUGGCCAACAGAACAGAAUUCUCCAGCUGGCUCCAACUUAUGAAAAAGCACCAGUCUGACCUGGCAAUGCUGGGGAUCCACAGCUUCUCUGAGCAAGAUGUUGUGAGCCACCAGAGCUAUUCCCGCAAAACCCUGAUUGCACUGGUGACCUCAGGGCUCCUGCUGGCUGUCUUGGGCACUACCUGCUAUUGCCUCAUGAACCGGCGCAGCUGGAGCCCCACAGGAGAAAGGCUGGACGAAGACCCUUAUUGCACGGAGAGCGGUGGAGGCCAGGGCUAUAGCUCAGGCCCUGCAUCCUCCCCCGAGGCCCAGGGAAAGGCCUGUGUGAACCGAGGGGCUCAGGAGAACGGGACUGGCCAGGCCACAUCCAGAAACUGCCACUCAGCAAGACAACACAUGGUGGCUGAUACUGAAUUGUGACUCGGCUUUGUGGGGCCAGGCUGGGCAAUGUCUGGGGAAGUGGCCUCUCCCUGUACUUUACCAGGAGCUGCCUCUGUGCAGGAGGUAUCUCCUCUGUGUUCUACCCUUUCUCCCCACACACGCCCACCAUUGGAGGCCUUCCCUGGGGCCCUGCACUGCACCAGGCCCAAGGUUUCUCUCCACCUUGGGGAGAGGGAGGUAAAACCCUGCCCUUUACAGAUUCAGCUCCCAGAACCAAGUCUGUGAUGUGGGGAAAGCCAAGUUCCAGAGAACUUGCAGGGAGGGUGGCUGUCCUUGCAGUGUUGGCACACGGGCCCCUUGCCCCUCACUCCUUGUCUUCCCUGCCUCAUUAUAGGAACCCCCAGGGGACUGCACGGGCUUUUCUUGGGCUAUAGUUUCCUCCUAGGAGGAUUUGCCUUUUAUUGUUUUCUUCUUAUAUUUUCUUUCCCUACUUUAGGGAAACCAAAGUUACCUUCUCUGCUUGCUCCCUUGUAAUGAUAUAGCCAGAAAACCUUGUUGUCUUAAGCCACUUCCCUUAUCCCUCCUCUGAGACACUGUAGAUUCUGUCACCAGCUCCCUCCUGUUCUCCAAGUGCCACCCAGUCCCACGUGCUCCCUCCUCUCUGGGUACAGACGCCUGCGGUUUUCUGGCUGGAGCCUAGAACUGAGCUCCAAGCUUUAGAAUGAUGUCCCGUGUCUGUGAGUUUGUGGGACAGUGUGGAGGCUCAUGUACACAGGUGAGAGCAAACAGCUUCUCUCCCGGGCUCUCUGGGGCCACCCAGAGUCUCUUCUUCGGGCUUUUUUUUCACUCUGGGUUGCAUGGACAGGACCACGGAACCAGAUCUCUGAACAGAGUCUCUUGACCUGUGCUUUUCUGAGGAAUCCUCUUUCUCUGAGGCCAGGUCAGGCCUUAUCCUCUGAUCUCAACUGCCUGGCUUUCUCCUCCCUCCCUCAGACUCCUGGGUUGAGCUGUGGCCUCGGUCCCCCAGCAGAUUUUGUGUCUGUCUCUGCCUUCCUCACCCCAGCCUCCUUCCCUGCUCUUGCACCCCAUGUGGUCAGGGCCUCAGGACAUCUCCAAAGGACCCUCCCCACACAAGCCACCUUCUCUGAGGGGUAAACCAUGUCCUGAUUUUUGUCUUGUUUUUAAGAAGAGUAAGCAUGGAUCCCUGGGGUCAAUGACGGUUAGAAAUACAACUUUCCAGAGAUGGGAGGAUUGGGUUGAUUUUUUUUCCCUGAAUAAAAAGUGUGUGUAAAUACUGUGAGUAAAGUGAUACUGAAAUACA